AUGUUGCCCUCGCCAUCUCUCCUAUGCCUCACCCAGCACCACAGCACACGACAUCCUUCACGGCGCCCAGGGGCCCCAAAAGAAACAGCCAUGCGUCAGUCCACUGCCAUCGCCUCUCUCAAUGGCCACUUCUCCCACGGCUCGACUCCCCGUAGCGGGGACUGGCCCGACUUUGGUCCAACCUGUCCGCCCGUUGCAUCCCGCGGUGGCCGGCCCCCCGUCUGCCACGGCCACACCAAACUCUCUUACCGCGCGAGUGCCUCGUCCACGUCCAGGAGCCGUUCCCCCUAA